AGCCGGCCGCGCUGCUGGGGGCGACGCCGGGACCCCCGCCCCCUCCCUCCCUCCCCCCGGCAGCCCCCCGCCUCCUGCUCUGCACCCCAGGGUUGUGAGCCCCGCGCGGCCGGGCGGGGGCGCCCCAGCAGCAGGAUGUACCCGCAGGGACGGCACCCGACCCCGCUGCCCUCCGGCCAGCCCUUCAAGUUUUCCAUCUUGGAGAUCUGCGACCGCAUCAAAGAGGAAUUCCAGUUUCUUCAGGCCCAGUACCACAGCCUCAAGCUGGAGUGUGAGAAACUGGCCAGCGAGAAGACAGAGAUGCAGCGCCACUACGUCAUGUACUACGAGAUGUCCUACGGCCUCAACAUCGAGAUGCAUAAGCAGGCUGAGGUCGUGAAGCGGCUGAGCGGGAUCUGCGCCCAGAUCAUCCCGUUCCUGACACAGGAGCACCAGCAGCAGGUCCUGCAGGCCGUGGAGCGGGCGAAGCAGGUCACAGUCGGGGAGCUGAACAGCCUCAUCGGGCAGCAGCAGCUCCAGCCCCUGUCCCACCACGCCCCCCCUGUACCCCUCACCCCUCGCCCGGCUGGGCUGGUGGCUGGCAGUGCCACAGGGCUGCUCACCCUGUCCGGAGCAUUGGCUGCGCAGGCCCAGCUGGUGGCGGCCGCCAAGGAGGAUCGCGUGGGCGUGGAGCCCGAGGGAUCCCGAGUGGAGCGCGGCCUGAGCCCGAGCGGGUCCCCCUCGCCCCCCGAGAGUCUGGUGGAGGAGGAGCGGCCCGGUGGCCCUGGGGGCAUCGGGAAGCCGAGAGCCGAGGACAAGGACCUGGCGGGACCUUAUGAAAGCGAGGAAGACAAGAGCGACUAUAACCUGGUGGUGGACGAGGACCAGCCCUCGGAGCCGCCCAGCCCGGCCAGCACGCCCUGCGGAAAGGCCCCCGUCUGUGUCCCCGCCCGGCGGGACCUCGGGGACAGCCCGGCCUCCUUGGCCUCCGGCCUGGGCUCGCCGGUCCCCAGAGCCAAAGAGCUGCUCCUGAGCGACCUUCCCACCGGCCCUCCUGCUUCUAAGUCCUGCGAUUCCUCCCCACCCCAGGACACGUCCACCCCUGGGCCCAGCUCUGCCACUCACCUCUGUCAGCUGGCGGCCAAGCCGGCCCCCUCCACAGACAGCCUGGCGCUGAGGAGCCCCCUGCCUCUGUCCAGCCCGUUCACCACAUCCUUCAGCUUGGGCUCCCAUGGCACCCUGAACGGGGACCUCUCCGUGCCCAGCUCCUAUGUCAGCCUCCACCUGUCGCCCCAGGUCAGCAGCUCCGUGGUGUAUGGACGCUCACCCAUGAUGGCGUUUGAGUCACAUCCCCACCUCCGAGCCUCGUCCGUCUCAUCCUCGCUGCCCGCAGUCCCCGGAGGGAAGCCGGCCUACUCCUUCCACGUGUCCGCCGACGGCCAGAUGCAGCCCGUGCCUUUUCCCUCGGACGCGCUCGUGGGUGCGGGGAUACCGCGGCACGCGCGGCAGCUGCACACACUGGCGCAUGGCGAGGUGGUCUGCGCUGUCACCAUCAGUGGCUCCACGCAGCACGUGUACACGGGUGGCAAAGGCUGCGUGAAGGUGUGGGACGUGGGCCAGCCCGGGGCCAAGACGCCCGUGGCCCAGCUGGACUGCCUGAAUCGGGACAACUACAUCCGUUCCUGUAAGCUGCUGCCAGACGGCCGGAGCCUCAUCGUGGGUGGCGAGGCCAGUACCCUGUCCAUCUGGGACCUGGCGGCGCCCACGCCCCGCAUCAAGGCUGAGCUGACCUCUUCGGCCCCUGCCUGCUACGCCCUGGCCGUCAGCCCCGACGCCAAGGUCUGCUUCUCCUGCUGCAGCGACGGCAACAUCGUGGUCUGGGACCUUCAAAACCAGACCAUGGUCAGGCAGUUCCAGGGCCACACGGACGGGGCCAGCUGCAUCGACAUCUCGGACUACGGCACCCGGCUAUGGACAGGCGGCCUGGACAACACCGUGCGCUGCUGGGACCUGCGGGAGGGCCGCCAGCUGCAGCAGCACGACUUCAGCUCCCAGGUGCUGCCGGCCUGGCGGACGGUGGCUCCCCCCGCUCUGCCCGAGAUUUUUUCCCUGGGCCACUGUCCCAACCAGGACUGGCUGGCCGUGGGGAUGGAGAGCAGCAGUGUAGAGCUCCUGCACGUCCGCAAGCCCGAAAAAUACCAGCUGCACCUCCACGAGAGCUGCGUCCUGUCCCUCAAGUUCGCCUCCUGUGGGCGGUGGUUCGUGAGCACAGGCAAGGACAAUCUGCUCAAUGCCUGGAGGACACCAUAUGGAGCCAGCAUCUUCCAGUCCAAGGAGUCCUCCUCCGUCUUGAGCUGUGACAUCUCUAGGAAUAACAAAUACAUCGUGACGGGCUCAGGAGACAAGAAAGCUACGGUGUACGAGGUGGUCUACUGAGGCCCCAGCCGGCUCCUGGGGGUGACGGGAGACCCCUGUGCUCACCGGCUGACACCUCCUGCCUCCCUUCACUGCAGAGUGGGGUUGAUGGACCCAGGGUUCUGGGAAAUAAAUAUAUUUAUCAGAGCUGG